AUGCUUUUUUAACGUCAAUAAACUACUAGAAUUCCAUGAAAACAAUUGUAGAAUGUUGAUUUAACAUCUCUGAAUAGUGGAAUGUUGAUUUAACAACGUUAAAUGAUUUAAAUAUUUGUUUAAAAUACAAUUUUAUCAAAAUGUUGGCUGCCCAAAGCAAACUUUUGUUUCAAUUGAACAAAUAUUACAACGAAAGAGUACAGAGUAGAAAGUCGGCAAUCGCAAAAUCUGUUAGGGACGUCUGUAAACUGACCCAAGAAAUUCUGAAAGAGGUGGAACUGCAAGAGCCACGUUUCAUCAGCUCCCUGGCCGAAAUCAACGGUCAUUUUGAAGGAUUGCGAGUCGUAUCGUCAACAGAAUUUGAAGUUAUUCUCUACUUGAAUCAGAUGGGGGUGUUCAACUUCGUCGACGAUGGGGCACUUCCCGGUUGUGCUGUCUUGAAGCUGAGUGAUGGAAGAAAGCGUUCCAUGUCUUUGUGGGUGGAGUUCAUCACUGCUUCCGGAUACUUAUCAGCUCGAAAAAUUCGCAGUCGCUUUCAAACUUUAGUGGCUCAAGCCGUCGAAAAGUGCUCCGGCUACAAUGAUCAGCAAGUUAAAAUGCUGACCGACACAACGGACGUUAAACUGAGAAUUCGAGAUCGCUACAUCGUUCAAAUAACUCCUGCUUUUAAAUGCUCUGGUAUCUGGCCACGAAGCGCUAACCACUGGCCACCGAUGCAUCUACCAUGGCCUAACGCGAAUUUGGUGGCCGAAGUGAAAUCGGAAGGUUUGGACUUGUUGUCGAAGGAGAGUAACUACGCGAAAGAGAAGCAAUCGUCAGCAACGGAAGGAGACGCCUGGAUCAUUUCCUUCUACCACGUUGAGGAGAUGCUGCUUCUCGGGGGCUGCCGUCAGAAAUGUCUGAGCGUUUUGAAGUCGUUGAGGGACAAGCACUUGGAUAUGACGGGACAUCCCAUUGAAAAUUAUCAUUUAAAGACAUUGCUGCUGUACGAGUGUGAGAAGCACCCGAGAGAAUCAGAAUGGGAUGAAACAUGUCUCGGGGAUCGCAUCAACGGAAUAUUAUUGCAGCUCAUUUCCUGUCUUCAGAAUCGCAAAUGCCACCACUACUUCUUACCUAACUUGGACUUGUUUGGCGGGAAGCCGGCCGCUGCACUCGACGCGGCUGCUAAGCAGGUUUGGAGAAUUUUAAGAGAACUAAUCACUAAUUCCAGAAGUUUGGAAAGAUUGUAAAUAAAUGUUGUUCAAUAUGAAACUCAUUAUAACGAUUGUAAUUAUUGUUUCCAUUUUUAAUAACUACGUUAACGACUAAUGUUACAACUGUAAAUUUUUUUAAUUGCGGGUAACAAAAUGGUUUUGUAAAUUUCUUUUUGUAAGUUUGUUCUUCGUCAAACAAACAAUAUUUUUACAACUGA